AUGACGGAGACAUUUUACGAACCGGGGAGUCAGUGUGGAUGUCCUCCGCGUUCGGCAAUUCCUUGCCAGUUGGUGAGUCAGUGUGGAUGUCCUCCACGUUUCCUAACUUCUCACCUGAAGAAGGGGGCAGAUCAUUUCUCAAUGCUAGAAGGAAGAAAAUGGGCAAGAUGGCUCGAGUCCAGAGUGGGAAGGGACGGGGAAGGUGGCGCGGUUACAGAGGAGGAGGGGAUAGGGGAAGGUGGCGCGGGUCCGGAGAAAGGAGGGAGUGGGAAUGACGGAUCGGGUGCGGAGGGGGAAAUAGGUGGGGAUGGUAGCGUGGGUCCGAAGGGGGAAGGGAAUGGAAAUGACGGAUCGGGUGUGGAGGGGCAAGCAGGUGGGGAUGGCGGUGCGGGUGGAAAGGAGGGAUGGAGUGGGGAUGACGGAUCGGGUGCAGAGGGGGAAGCUGAUGGGUAUGAUAAGAUGGGUCCGGGGGCGGAAACAGGUGGGGAUGGUACUGCGGAUGCCGAUAGGGAAGUGGGUGGGGCUUGUUCAGCGGGUGCAGAGAAGGAAGGGCGUGGGGAUGGUGAUGUGGGUCCGGAAGAUGAAUUCGGUGAAGAUGGAGUUGAUUUUGUCUUGACUUUGCCCUUUCGAGCAAUUUUUUGA